AUGGAAGAUAAUGGCGAAGACAACCGCCUCCCCCCGAGGCUUUUCGCCACUGACAGAUUCCCCACUCAGAGGCUGAAUAUAUACUCGAGGCCGAACAUCCUAGCGUUCAUCCGACACGUGCUUCGUGGUACUGACACCUUCAAGAAGAUCAGGGAGUCCCCAUUUGGAAAGCUUUUCGAUCUCCCAACACAUCAGUGCGCAGUUUCAUGCAAGCUCAUUCACGCUCUCAUGACCCGUCAGUUGAUCUGCGAGGUUGACCACACUUUCUGGACCGUGUUUGGCAGCGACCCUUUCAAGUUUGGCCUGGAAGAGUUUGGUGACAUCACCGGCCUCAAUUGCGGAUCUUUACCUGAGGGUUACGAAGCACCCGAUCACAACGAAAAGGGCGCAAACAAGCAGGAGAAUGCACACACAGAUCCCUUUUGGCAGAGGUUAAUUGGAAAAGAUAAUAACAUCACCAUUGCAGACCUCGCUGAUCAGCUCGAACACGACGAAGAAAUGGAUGAUUGGAGACGUAUCCGGCUUGCACUCAUCAUAAUCGUGGAUGGCGUUUUAGUGGCUUCAACACAGGUCCAUCGUCCCACUCUCAGAUACGUCCAGAUGCUUGAGGAUCUAGAUUCUUUCCUUGAAUUCCCCUGGGGGCGUGAAUCUUUCUUACACACCGUUAGAUCUCUCAAGCCACCGAAGUUCUUCAAGGGCAAGCCUGUCGACGACCCGGUUGCCUUGCUUGUUUCUAAACUCAAACAAAAGACUUUCCGUCUCACCGGAUUCCCACUAGCUCUGCAGUUACUUGCAUUUAGAGCUAUACCGAUGCUGUUGUCUAAAUGGCCUGCGCCCUCCCAAGUGCAGACUAUAAUGGAUGUCACAGAGCGUGAUCUCCCCGCCCAAAAUACUCUGGACACCAACGAUAUCCUACUUGUUGAAGACAACCAACAAAUGGUUGUGUCAUCAAUCACCCCAGUCAGUAGAGGACAACAACCAGGUUGGGGUGUGUGGCCAUUUGAAAAAACUGACGAGAAGGUGGAAUAUAUGGAGCAGCUGAUAUCCAUCAACCACAACUUCACUAAAACUAUGUGGCCCGGAGGAGACAGAUCGGAGACUUUACGUGUUGUACCAGAGGAGAAAGGACCUGCGGAGGAAGGAAUUGAGGAGCAAGUACCCGUCCACAAGAAACAUGUUGUUCAGAUUAAACGGAAACGUUCAAAUCUCCAACCAAGGCAACCUUCAACUAAUCCAGGUUCUGCAACCAAGAGAAGGCGGACCUCCCGUGUGUCUUCUGCCUCAACAUCAAACACCGACACCAAUAAAGAUGUUGAAGACAGACUCUCUGUCUUGGAAGCCCGAGUCACCAACCUCGAGAAGGCAAAUCAGAGCCUUAAAGAGUCGCGUAGACGCAGACGCCGAGGUAGUAGAGCUCCUCCUAAUUUUCCUAAUUUUGCUCUCAACCAUCGCCGCAGGCUUCAUCGUGGGACAGUUCAUAACUCCGAACAGGCAAAUCGAGAUGGAGAUGCGGAAAAGCUUCCCAUACCUCAGGAUCCUCAGCGAUGGCCACAAAUCUCCAGCUCACCAAUCUCCUGGACGCCAAACGCCGCACCACCACACCCCCGAACACCAACCUCCUGA